AUGGGCCCGCUUACAUUGGCUGUCGAUGCGAAGAGCUCGUCUGGAUUAUCAUCAGAUACUUGCAAUAGGAAAACGCCAGACCUUGUGCAACCAAAAAAGUUCUUCGCCUCAGUCAACGUGAAAGAUGAAAAGCCAUUCGACUUUUUGCGGAUAUUAUUCGAGGGUGUUAUAGCGGGCGGUACAGCUGGUGUCGUGGUUGAAACUGCUUUGUAUCCUAUAGAUACAAUAAAGACACGACUGCAGGCUGCACGUGGUGGAGGUAAAAUUAUUCUCAAAGGGCUAUAUUCUGGACUUGCUGGAAAUCUGGCUGGUGUUUUGCCUGCAUCUGCUGUUUUUGUUGGUGUUUACGAACCUACCAAGCAAAAAUUGUUAAGGAGCUUCCCUGAAAAUCUAAGUGCGUUGGCACAUUUGACUGCAGGUGCACUUGGAGGCCUUGCGGCCUCGUGCAUUCGAGUGCCUACGGAGGUCGUUAAGCAAAGGAUGCAGACUGGGCAGUUUGCUUCUGCACCUGAUGCUGUCCGCCUUAUUGUUUCCAAAGAAGGCUUCAGAGGGCUUUAUGCUGGAUAUGGAUCUUUUUUGCUGAGAGAUUUGCCAUUCGAUGCGAUACAAUUUUGCAUCUAUGAACAACUUCGAAUAGGUUACAAGCUUGCGGCAAAGAGAGAUCUGAAUGAUCCUGAGAAUGCUGUGAUUGGUGCUUUUGCUGGUGCUCUGACUGGAGCCAUAACCACUCCUCUGGAUGUGAUCAAAACUCGGUUGAUGGUUCAGGGAUCAGGAAACCAGUAUAAAGGCAUUAUGAACUGUGUCCAGACUAUAGUGAGAGAAGAAGGCCCCAGGGCCUUACUAAAGGGAAUUGGGCCGAGGGUGCUUUGGAUAGGCAUAGGUGGCUCAAUAUUCUUUGGUGUCCUUGAAAGCACAAAGCGCCUCCUUGCAGAGAAACGUCCCAACCCUGAAUCAAAGUAG